CUUUGUCGUAAUACAGUCAGUAAAUAUUGAUGACAUCACGUCGGAAAGAUGGCGGAAGGAGAAGAUGGAGGUUGGUGGGGAGGCUGGCUACAACAGAGCUUCCAGUCAGUAAGACACAAGUCUGCUGAAGCCCUGGAAUUCAUAAGGCGAGACUUGGCAGAGUUCUCCCAGGUGGUACAGCAUGACACAGCAAACACUAUUGCAGCAACAGCACAUGCAGUAAAAGAGAAACUGGUGGUAGAAGGAUCUUCGGGUGCUACUGACACAGUGAAAAAAGGCUUGUCAAAUAUACUGGGUGUUAUCACGGACACUCUUGCACCUCCUCCUGAUAAGACAAUAGACUGUGAUGUCAUAACUUUGGUUGCCACUCCAUCUGGCACAACAGAGGUGUAUGAUAGUACCAAGGCACGGUUGUAUUCUCUCCAAGCAGAUCCUGCUACUUAUUGUAAUGAACCAGAUGGUCCUCCUGAACUCUUUGAAGCAUGGCUGUCCCAGUUUGAUCUGGAGCUAAAGAAAAUGGAAACAUCAGAGCUGUUAGUGACCAGCCCUUCUGUACGAGCCCUUUAUACAAAAAUGGUGCCAGCAGCAGUAUCUCAUACAGAAUUUUGGCAACGAUAUUUCUACAAAUUGUAUCAACUGGAACAGGAAGAAGCAAGAAGAGGUGCCCUCAAACAGAGAGCAGAACAGACAACCCAUACUGAGGAACUUGGCUGGGAAGAAGAAGAUGAGUUUGUGGGUGCCUCCUCCCCAUCUCGAUUGGAUUUAAAUUCUGUGGUGUGUACUUCAUCUGUUUUGCAAGAAUGUAGAACACCUGAAAGUAAUUCGGAUUUUACUGAGUCAGCAAAGGAUGACAUUCCAGAAGAGCAGGAAACAACUGUGUCGGAAAGUAGUGAGAGCAUAACCUUGGUAACUCAGGUCGAAAAACCUGCCUCAGUAACUUCCUCACCUUUGCCUUCAGCCUCCAAGGAAGUAACUGGGGACAUAUGCAAAAAGUUGUUAGAUGCCAGUUUGGAGGAAAGAAAUGGGUCACAUAAAUCUUCAGAAGAGCAAGAGACUAAGAGCAGGAUGUCUGAUCCUGAAACUCAGGAGCUUAAAACAACCUCCGAACCAAGCAGUACCUUAGGAUCUAAAGGGUUAGCAGAACCCAAAGGGAGCAGCAAACCAGAGACUGUGAGAGAGGAAGGACCAACGGAUUUGAGAGUGUUUGAACUGAACUCUGACAGUGGUAAAUCUACUCCAUCAAAUAACGGGAAGAAAGGAUCCAGUACAGACAUUAGUGAGGAUUGGGAAAAGGAGUUUGAUUUGGACAUGACAGAGGAGGAAGUCCAACAAGCAUUGUCAAAAGUUGAGGACAGCGAAGAGGACUGGGAAGACUGGGAAUGAGUGAAGACAGCUAAGGAAUGGCCAUGCUGUUGAAUGCUUAGCCAGCAUCUCCACUUGCCACUAAUAAGCAUCUUGCUUUCGUAAAUUCCACUCUUGUAGCAGUGCUGGCCGUUUCUGCUAGAAUCAAGAAAGCAUUUCAUUCAUGACUUGUUUCUUUAGUUCAGGAUUAAAAAAGGCACACACUGAGACCGGAGGAACGUGCUUUCAGAAACUGGGAGGUUUCAGUUGUACGCAUGUUUUUUUAUUGUUCUGGGGGUCAUACCAGAAGGAAACAUUACCAAUAGGGGUAUGAAGCUUUGAGGACUUGCACCAUGUUUCAGAGAGUCCACUGUACUCUUACUGUGUUUGAAAAAUGACUGCAUUUAUUGGCCUUCUGAUUAUAGAGUGGGAGAGUAACUACCAAUAUUUGGUUUGAUAAAAAUGUUCUUUAGUUAUCAUUAA